AUGUACAAGCAGGAGCUACAGUGGUGCAGUCCUUCUGGUGUGGGUGCUGGAGGGAGCACUCUGUGCUGCUGCCCCUCUGAAGUGGUUUUCUCCUCUGCUCCCACCUUGCUGGCAAGCAGCCACUUCACACAAGUUUUCUGGUUGCUUCCAUCUCCCUUUUUACAGGCAGGCUGUGCUCUGCCAAGAGCAGUGGAGCAGUUUCACUACCUGCUGUGGCCGGACCACGGGGUGCCAAGAAACGCGUCGCAGCUGCUGUGCUUGGUGGAGGCGGUGAACAAGAGGCUGCUGGAAGCACCUGCUGGACCCGUGCUGGUGCACUGCAGCGCCGGGAUUGGGCGCACGGGUACCUUCAUCGCCCUGGACUUCCUCUUGAAGAUGGGCAAGGCCGAGGGGAAGGUGGAUGUGUUUCACUGCGUGCAGCAGCUGCGGGAGCAGCGGGUCAGCAUGGUGCAGACCAAGGAGCAGUACAGCUUCCUGUACGAGGCGCUUCUCGAAGGCUUGCUCUGCGGCAACACCGGGGUCCCAGUGGAGAGCAUCACCACCCUUGUGCACUCCCUUCGAGAGGAUGAGACCACAGGCCACACCAGAGUCCUAGAGAAGGAGUUCAAGGCCCUGCAGAGAUUUUCUGAGUUGUUCCAGCUGCUGCCGUGCAGAGAAGCAGAGAAACCCAGCAACCAACCCAAGAACCGCAAGCCAGGGAUCCUGCCAGCGGAUUCCUGCCGGCCCAUCCUGAUGUCCUCGGUGAACGCAGACGGCUCUCCCGCUUACAUCAACGCCGUGUUCGCCAGCACGUACACCGAGGAGGAGAGAAUCAUCAUCACCCAGCUGCCUUUCCCCACCACGCUGGUGGAUUUCUGGGCUCUGGUCUGGGAUUACAGCUGCACGUCGGUAGUUGCGCUCAAUCAACUCCAGGAGCUGGACAAGACAUACGUGCAGUUCUGGCCCACCCAGGGCGAAGAUGACUACGGCCGUUUCCACGUGCAGCUGAUCUCAGAGGAGCCUGGGGCUGGCUUCACAACAUGGACACUUGUCCUCAGCAACAGGCAGCAGCCCAAGAAAUCUGCAGUGGAAAUCCAGUUACAUCAACUGACAGACUGGCCCAUGCAGCAGCGUCUUCCCCCACACCCUGACACCAUCAUCAGCUUGCUGGGGAAGGUGGAGACACACCAUCGGCAGAGCCAAGAUGGACAUAUCCUUGUCACCUGCUGGGACGGAGCCAGCCGGAGUGGGAUCUUCUGUGCUGCUGGGUUCCUGUGCGAGCAGAUCCAAAGUGAGGGCAUGGUGGAUGUAUCCCAGGCUGUGAGGAUGCUGAAGAGACGGCGGAGACAGUUCAUUAAAGAUGUGGAACAGUAUGGGCUUUGUUAUGAGCUAGCCCUCAGUUACUUGAAUUCAUUUGAAACCUAUGGGAAUUUCAAGUAGGGACAUCACCACAACGUAACUCUGGAAGGGAUUUCAACUCCCCAAACAGCCCUUCAUCAGUAACAGUGGAAGCAAGAGGAAACAAAGGGAUGUGCGUGACCCCAAGAUGCUUCACUCCCCUAAAAAUCCACCCCAAGGGUCCUCUGUGGCUGGAGAACACAGGCUGGACUGUCUCCAAAUUUUGGCCAGGUUUUGAAAUGGGAACCGGACCCUCUUCCCAGCAUUUGUGCAGGAACUUAUCUGGAAUCACAGCCUGAGUAUGCAGACCAGAGCAGAAGCACCAGGACUCCACCUAUCCUUCCUUACCAAGGAUGAAGAGAACAGCUGUCCCAUCCAGGUUCCCUUGUCCCCUCAAGUAGCCCCAAGGAAAGUGGGGGAGCUCCAACAUCUAUAUUGGGUUUGGUCAGGCAAAUCUCAAACACAUGGUCCUGUAGAGCUAAACUGGUCCUUCAAACCCCAUCCAAUCACUUCCUGGGGCUGCAUCUUCCUGGUGCUGCUCCAAAUUCCUCUGCCCUACCAGCUCCAUAGAGGCUCUCUCAUCAGCUGUCUGGCUGCACCAUGGCAAUCCCAGGUUAUAGUGGCUCAGAGUGAACAUCCUGGAUGUGCUUCAAGCAGCACCACAGAGACAGGUUCUGCCUCUGCUGCCCAAACACAGGAAACUUCAGAACCAGGAGUGACCCCAUGGCUCUCUGUCUUGUGUCUCAUCAAUAAAGCCAUGGUGGUGGUGA